AUGAUAGGCGAUCGAAUUGAGGCGAUUGAUGAUGUACGCGUCAGUCAUAUGAGCCUGCAGGAGGCAAUGCACCGCAUUCGCCACAAUCGUCUUGACUUUGUCAGACUUCGUCUUGUUCCUCUAGCCAUUAAUAUUCUCCCCAACCAAGAUCUUGGAUCAUACGACACCAGGACUGCGAAACAUAUGACGGGUUCUAAAAAUAGUGGCAUAAUGGAUGCAUCUGAAGAACGAAAUGCUUUUAUUUCAUGCCUAACUGUGUCCGAACAACCUGCAAGCGUGGAUAUAAUUCAGAAUAAAACAAUAAAUAUUGAAGAAGCUCAAAAAAUGAAACGGAAUAAGGAAUCAAGCGUCGAGGAUAAUUUUGAUAUGAUUGCAAUGAAAGGGGAUGAUGAAAAGGAAAAUAUAGAAUACGAAGAACAUGCAAAAGGCAUAGAAAAUCGAGAAGAAGAGAUCGGAUACGCUAAUAGAUUUGAUCAAGUGGAGCAUGUUUUAAAGAAACAAUGGCAAGAAAUAAGAGCUCAAGAAGAUAUAGAUAUAGGUUAG